GAUUGGUUUAGGUGCGGUUUUUUACGCCAUGGAUAGGUAGAUCUACACAUUGUGACGUCACAGUCUCUACUACACACAGCUGACACACUUUGACGAAGGAAAAGCUAUAAGUAGGCCUAACAGCGGUCGGGGUUUCCUGCAUUCUACACACACAUGUGUCCAGAUCGAAAUACAAGGGCAAGUUUGUGUUGGUGCGCCAUAUUUCGCUAACUUGCUCCUUGGGAAGCCUUGAAUUGUGACGCAAAGGUCGAACUUGUGUCCGCGACUACGACCGGUAACGGAGGGAAAUAAAUGUCAGUCGCUGUGAAGAGUGAAUUAUUUCGAAACCACGGAGCCUGGAUAUAGCUGAGCCUACUUGUAUUCCACAACAAGGCAGUACGUCAAGUGACGCCAACCACCAGGCCCCGGCAUUCCUUCGCUCUUCCAUCGCUCCUCACACGACCGCUACCCUCGGCCAACUGAACUCCUCAUAGCAUCUGAGGUCAACAUCAGGUGCCGCACAAGCCCCUCCGAAGCCAUACUGGCUUUGACAAACCCCAGCUUCUGCCACAAUAUCAGACACUUUCACGUAGCAAGGACGUUACGGUUUGACGAUGCAUCGCAUCAAAAACCUGUUGCUACACUCGCACAAGUGCCGCUCUUUCCAUGAGCUGUCGGCUUUCUACCGCAGCUAUGCCGCGUCGUCUGCGGCUGGGGGGUCGUCUCGUGGCGGGAAGAGCUACGGCACUCAGGCGGCGGCCGAGCCUUUCAUGAACGGCAGUUCCUCAGCGUACAUUGAGGAUAUGUUUGAAGCUUGGCAGAGAGAUCCCACCAGUGUUCAUAAGGAGAUGGUGACCUUGACCGGGUGUUCCGUCUGCCCGCCACGACCUACAUUGGUGGGAACGAGGCUGUCCUGCCUCUCAAAGAGAUCAUACGGCGAUUGCAGGUUUGAAGAGUUCCUGGCACGCAAGUGGUCGUCGGAGAAACGCUUCGGCCUGGAGGGCUGCGAGGUCCUCAUCCCGGCCAUGAAGACCAUCAUCGACUCGUCCAGCGCCAUGGGCGUGGACAGCUUCAUCAUCGGCAUGCCGCACCGAGGUCGCCUCAACGUGCUGGCCAACGUCUGCCGCAAACCCCUGGAGAAGAUCAUCUGCCAGUUUGACUCGAAGCUGGAGGCGGCUGACGAGGGUUCCGGCGAUGUGAAGUACCACCUGGGCAUGACCAACGAGCGGCUGAACCGCGUGACCAACAAGAACAUCAAGAUCGCUGUCGUGGCGAACCCAAGCCAUCUGGAGGCCGUGGACACCGUGGUUCAGGGCAAGGCCAAGGCUGAGAUGUUCUACCGUGGGGAUACCGAUGGGAAAAAGGUGAUGCCCAUGCUCAUCCACGGCGACGCGGCGUUCGCGGGCCAAGGCAUCGUGUACGAGUGUCUCCACCUGUCUGACCUGCCGGCCUUCACCACCCACGGCACCAUACACAUCGUGGUCAACAACCAGAUCGGCUUCACCACCGACCCCCGUAUGGCACGCUCGUCCCCGUACUGCACAGACGUGGCCCGUGUGGUCAACGCUCCCAUCUUCCACGUCAACGCGGAUGACCCUGAGGCUGUCAUCUACGUGUGCAAGGUCGCUGCAGAGUGGCGGGCCCUGUUUGGAAAAGACGUCGUCAUUGACUUGGUGAGCUACCGUCGCUUCGGCCACAACGAGAUAGACGAGCCCAUGUUCACCCAGCCCCUCAUGUACAAGAAGAUCGCCAAAAUGCCCACGGUGCUGGUGAAGUACGCGGAAAACCUCAUCCACAACGCCGUGGUCACGCAGCAGGAGUACGAGGGUUUGAGGUGGGCUACUCCAUCACCAACCCCAACGCUCUGGUGAUCUGGGAGGCCCAGUUUGGAGACUUUGCCAACACGGCCCAGUGCAUCAUUGACCAGUUCAUCAGUAGUGGUCAGGCCAAGUGGGUACGCCAGUCGGGGAUUGUGCUACUGCUGCCCCACGGCUUUGAGGGCAUGGGCCCUGAGCACUCUAGUGCCAGACUGGAGAGAUUUUUGCAGCUGAGCAACGACGACCCGGACUACUUCCCGCCUGAAGGUCCCAACUUUGAGAUCCAGCAGUUGCAUGAGACCAACUGGUUUGUGUGCAACUUCACGACGCCGGCAAACUUCUUCCAUGCCAUGAGGAGGCAGAUUGCCCUGUCCUUCAGGAAGCCUCUGGUGGUGUGUACCCCCAAGUCCCUUCUACGUCUGCCCGAGGCUCGCUCCAGCUUCGACGACAUGGUGGAGGGCACGCAGUUCCAGCGACUCAUCCCCGAGCAGGGCGUGGCGGCCCAGAACCCCGCGGGGGUCAAGAAGGUCGUGUUCUGCAGCGGCAAGAUCUACUACGAGCUGGUCAAGGAGCGGGAGUCGCGCUCGCUCAACGAGGAGAUAGCCAUCUGCCGCAUUGAACAGCUGACGCCUUUCCCCAUGGACCUGGUGAAGGAACAGCUGCAGACGUACCCGAAGAACGUGAUCGUCUGCUGGGCACAGGAGGAGCACAAGAACAGCGGGGCCUGGUUCUACGUGGAACCGCGUGUGCAGACCGUCUUCCGCAGGAUGGGGCUCAACAAGAGGCUAGAGUACGCCGGCCGCUUCCCCUCUGCCGCCUCGGCCACGGGCAACAAACAGAUGCACCUGAUGGAGCUGGGCCAGCUGUACAACGCCGCCAUGGACCUCUCCCCCUCCCUGGCCUAACCACACGGCUCCACGCGCGCUCCCAGUGAUACGGCUCGACGACUCGUGCAGCCAGCGACACACACAGCAUUCACACACUGCGCCACACACAGCAUCACACACACAGUGACACGGCUCGACGACACACACAGCGACACACACAGUGACUCACUCGCAGCGACACUCAAGCAACGACACACACAGAGGGACACACACUGUGACCCACGCAGCCAGCGACACUCAAGCAACGACACACACAGUGACACACUCACAAUAGUCACAACGACACACACAAGCUGUGACACAGCUGAAUGCACACCAAUUGACGGAUGGACGGACGGAUGGGCUGCUGUAUUGAGCCGCUGACACGGAUGCUGAGGGGGGGGGGAUGGGAGCGUGAUAGCUCGCUGUGUCAUGUGGUCUCGUGACGACACGCACCGAGCCUUCGGAGGAAUGUGUACAUGAGUUUGUCUUUGUUGCUUAGUCUCAUGUGUAGCGAAGAAACGUGUCCUUUUAUUUGUCUGUGGGUUUGAGAAUUCAUGGACGUUUGUCUGUGGGUUUGAGAAUUCAUGGGACGUUUGUCUGUGGGUUUGAGAAUUCAUGGGACGUUUGUCUGUGGGUUUGAGAAUUCAUGGAUGUUUGCCUGUGGGUUUGAGAAUUCAUGGGACGUUUGUCUGUGGGUUUGAGAAUUCAUGGGACGUUUGUCUGUGACGUUUUCGUCGUAGAAUUGGAGGAACAGUUGUGGCACCUUUUUUUUUUUUCUUUUUAAAAUAUAAACCCACAAAAAAAAACAUGUGCAUAACAUAUUUUGGAAGUGGUGACAGAUGAUUGAAUGUGCUGCUUGAACUCUAUGGUGCUGAUGGUGGAAGUUUCUUGUGUGUACGUGACGGAUAAAUAUAUAUAAUAUGAAGAAGAUAAUGUCGUAGUCAUCAAAUAAUUGUGGUACCCAGGUCAGUUUUUGUUGUAGUUUUGAGUCAACGUAACCGAAGUAAGUAGAUCUAGUGCUUGUCCAAGUCAACCGUAUGGCUACAGAAGUAAGUCGUGCUUGUCCAAGUCAACUGUAUGGCUAUUGUCCAAGUCAACCGUAUGGCUUCAGCUCAUGGGAAAAUGUCUUAUUAACUGGGGUUGUUUUUUUUUUACUCGAAGCGAAACCGUGCGGCGUCGAGGAUACAAAGUGAGGAGCGGGCAUAGUUACCUGGCCAAUGAACUAGAGGCGUGGAA